UAUAUAGGGAAGUUUUGCUUGAUUCGGGUUUUGCAUUUAUUUUUAUUCUUUGUGGUUUAAUGUUGUAAUUGGGUUUCCUUUGUUGGGUUUUAAAUUUCUAUUUGGUCUUACUUAUGUCUACUACGAUUUGGGUUUGCAUCAAAAUUGUCUACGACUAAAGGAGAUGCUGAACUUGCUUUUAUAACGUAAAUUUGAGACUCAAAUAUAUAUAUAUAUAUAUUUUAAUUUAGUUGAUUUUGUAUUGAGAGUAAAUAAUUUUUAGUCAGUAACUGUAUCUCUUCGUAAUUUUAGAAUUCAAUUUUUCUAAAUGAAAUCAAUGUUUUGUUAAUCAAUUUAUCACUUUGUAGCUGUUGAACUUUGUCCCUCUUUGUUCAUCGUAAUUGCGGCGCGGGGGAGGGGGCAACUGGACUAGGUCGCUUUCUUAACUGAGUUAUUCUCUAUACUGCAAUGUAUAAUUUCCGAUACGUCUUUUUGGAUUGGAUACCAAGAAAGAUGUAAUGGGCUGAUGGAGUGAUCAACUUAUGCCAAGAAUGGCUAGUCCCCACUGAAGGACAAAGGGUAGUUUUUCUAUGCAAGGUCGUUAUUAUUUCUCCCUUUAACACAUCCAGCAAGUAGUUUUUAGAUGGAAAUGGAUGUUGAUUGACCUAAGAAGAAUCCAAUUGAAUUUCAAUGGAAGAUAAUUUUGUUAAGCCUUGCAUGGUUGGUUAUGCUUGGGUUUACGGAAUCUUUGUUUUUCUGUAGUUGGUGGCUUUGGCCACCUCACCAUUUUUGGUGAUACAAAUGCUUUGUUGCUGGCUAGUAAAAUUGAUGUUGAGGACAAGUAACGAGAUAGCUGGAAGGCAGCAUCGCUGCCUGUGCUUUCGUGUAUUGGUUGUAAGAACUUUCAGGGUCAAUUAUAUAAAUGUCUUCAUUAUUUUAACAGGAAUAAUGCGUCACUUCAAAUGAGGAUAUUGUAUCUGUGUACCUGGGUAUUGGGUCUCUAUGACAAAGUUUACUACAACUUUGUGUAACAAUGUUGGUUUUAGAAAAAUUGAUAUGGAUCGCUGGGAAUUUGCAAAUGACGGAUUUGUUCGAGGUCAAAAGCAUUUGCUGAAGAAUAUCGGUAGAAGGAAAAAGUUGCAGCAGCCUGCCAACUCUGAUGGAUCAGGGGAAAAAAUUCAAAACUUAGGCCUGUGGAAGGAAAUCGAGAACUUAAAGACGGAUAAGAAUGCUCUUAUGCAGGAGUUGGUCAAACUUAGGCAGCACCAAGAAACUUCAGAUAAUAAGUUGCUCCUCUUGAGAGAACGUCUUCAUGGGAUGGAAAAGAAUCAGCAGCAGAUGCUGUCGUUCCUGGUGAUGGCAAUGCAAAGCCCUGCGUUUUUAGUUCAAAUGCUUCGGCGCAUGGCGGAAACAGCCAGUAUGCUAGAUGGAGGUACAGGGGAUGUUAGAUCAGUUGCUUCUGAUGGGAUGAUAGUAAGGUACCAGCCACCAGUGGAUGAAACACCCAACUCUGAGCAGACGCGAAACUUUAUUUCAGAAAAUCAAGAAGUUGAUCCUUCUCCUGAUGGGUUGAAAGAUUUUCUUCUGAAUGCUGAUUUUUUGAAAAUGCUUACGGAUGAAAAAUUGUGUUCCUUGGAUAAUCAUGCUCCAUUUAUCCUACCAGAUUUACCCGAUGAUGGUUCAUGGGAACAGCUUCUUUUAGCCAGUCCUUUCUUAGAAAAUACGGAGGAUGGAAAGCUGGAUGGUGAAGAGCACGAUGAUUAUGAGCUGGAGAUGGAAACAGCAAUGUCUGGAAGCCAGCUUGAAACAUCCCGAGAAUUUGAACUUCUGAUUGAACAAAUGGAGAAAUCACAGACCUUGGGAAUGGAAUAAUCAGUUUAUUAAAAAAACUCAUUUGGAGCAAUGGCAAAACUUGGAUUGCAAUUGAGCAAAUAGGACUUCGUCUUCUGAAGUCUGAACCUUGCUUUUAAUUCGGAAUAUAAUAGAACAUGAGUACUACGCAAUUUUUA